AUGAUCGCGAUUCUGAUCCUGGCGCUCGGACUGCUUGGACUCGGCGCUGUGUUUCCUGUCGUGAUCACACAGCAACGCAAUGCCAACGCUGUCGUCGAAGGCGAGAGCGUCGCGAGCAUGGCAGAGUCGAUUGUCCGUUCAUCCACAGAAGUCAUUGAUUUCUCGGAGGGGUUUAAUCCAAUCAGCACGAACAAGUUUGGUUAUAACGGCACAACGCCGACUGCUCCAAUCACUUACGAAUGGGUGGUCGGUCCACUUGAUCCGUACGGUACAUAUCCGAAUCCGCCUGGGUUCGAAGGUGGUCUGAUGGGAUCGGAGACUGGAAACUGGUUUUUCGAUCUUGACAACCUCCCGAAUAUGUCAGAUCCAAACGAGUUCAAUCUAGUUCUAACAGUCGCUGAUCGCCUGUUCCCGCAGCCUUACUCUGGGAAGGACCCAAAGUAUGUCUGGGACAUCGUCGCCCGUCGUCAGCCGGGAACGAAUCGCCCACAGCUCGCCAUAUUCAUCCGCCUGAUCGAUCAGCGGAUCAGGGUCCCAUCGGAAGGAACUCUCAGUGAUGUGCUCGUCACUGGAUACAUGGUUGAUGAUCCUGUACUUCCUGUGGCGCUCGAUCGUAGAACUGGUCGUCCAGUAGUCGACACUGGUCGAUCUGCGGACUCUGACUUUGUCUACGCUGCACCACAGACUCUGCAAGUACAGGUCGUGAAGGAUCAUCUUGAUUGGCUGAUUAUCGAGGACGCAGAAGAUCCUUUCAUUAAUACAUCCGUUGCAUUUGCAUCUGAGCCGGGACAAAAGUUGGUUGACAACACCGGAACUGUUCGCACAGUCCUUGGGCCAGCGAAGGGGCCCGAUGCGAAUAUCCCGAAUACACGAGUCCUGCGUGUGGAUCCACCGUUUUUACCGAGCCAGGCUGUUGGUGACAGCAUGAGUUACGCGCCAAAUCAGAAUGAUCCAGAAUUACAGAGUUCUGAACUCCGCGAAGCCGCCCGAGGUGUCACCAUGAUUCGCACUGCAUCGAAUCAACGAGCGUUCACAAUCAUCGAGAUCAUGGUCACAGUUGGCAUUCUCGUGCUCAUCGCGGCGGGUGUUUCCACAAUCUUCACUUCAGUCGCGGACACUGUGAAUACUGGUCGCCGUGUUGCCGAGCUCAAUCGCUACGCUGCACAGCUCGAACGGGUGAUGAGGACAGACUUCGAGAACAUAACCCGGGACGGCUUUCUGGUAAUCACCCAUCAGUAUGCGCCAGGCGAUGAUCCGAUGAACGGAUUCAAUGAUCGCGAUGUCCAACUCAGUCCGGCGGAUAGUUCGGAUCAGAACAACAACAACGAUCCUGGAAGACCGCGUCGAGUGGAUGAGAUCAUGUUCUUUGCACGAGGCGAUUUCGAAACUUCUCGCCGCACCAUCGCUCCAGGGAUGGUCGCACGAUCAAGCGAAGCCGCAAUCUACUACGGACACGGGCAGAAGCGUCGCCCCGAUCUCGAGCGUAGUACUGAUCCCACUCUGGGUUCCCAGCAAGCGAACCUCUUCUUCAACCCAUUUGUGAACGACAACAACAUCCGUUUCAAUGUAGCGAGCGGCAUGAAUCAAGCCGGACUCGGUACACAAUCCACUGAUGGAGGGUUUAACCCGAAUCAAUACGCGAGCGAUUGGGCGCUGCUUCGUCAUGUCACCUUGCUAGUGAAGCCCCAGACCUCUGGUCAGGAUCUCCCUGAUGAGUUGUUUGGAUACACCAGAAUCGGACCACAACGAGCAUUGCUCGAAGAUUCUCCGCGACAAGUAGCUUUGCAGCCCGCCGCUCGUUCGAUCUUCAACUCGCUCUCACAGACUGGAUUCGAUAAUCUCCCUGACACGACUGGUGGAUUCGUAACUCCCAAAUGGUUUGGUGAUCGCAACAUCCAAGUGGGUGGUCCGAUCGCUCUACCAAGCUACACCGAUCCGGCGCUGCGUUCAUCGGGGAUCGUGGAUAUCGUGACCGACGAUCUUUCACGCAUCCGCACAAUGCUUUAUGGGAUCGCGGGAUCUACUGAUAUCGCCUUUGAUGAACCAACUGACUAUUGGGCCCGAUCGAAUCCGAAUCGCAUCCGCACACCAAUGGAUAUCUCCUAUGACGAGUUUGCUUCCGUCUUCUGGGAAGAUCCGGCUUUGUCACCAAGCCCUUCUGAUUCGAGCAAUGUUGCAUUGCCACUUACCGGAGCAAGCUCUCCCCAGUUCACGAAUGUGCGUGCUUGGAUGAUUGAUGCACUUCCAUCGAUCUGGGAGUUCAGCACAAUUGAUGAGCCCGCGCAACUCUCGCGUGUCCGCUACGAGGAUGUGCCAACCCGACUCCUGUUUGAUGCAAAUGCCUUUGGCAAUCCAUCGGAUGACAACACCAAGCGGCUCCGUACCUAUGCAGAAGCGAACCAAGAGAUGUUGGGUUCUGCUGUCUUCGUCCCCAAAUGUACGGAGUUCAUCGUUGAAUGGUCCUUUGGAUUCAUCGAUCCUUCAAUCACUUCCCCAGCAGAUCCGCGUUACAAGCAGAUGCGUUGGCACGGUCUUGAGCGCUGGAUCGAUUCCAACAACGACGGCUUCAUCGUUACCACCGGUAAUGGAGUCGAUGCUGGAGAGGAUCAGAUCGUCGCGACUUAUUACGACAAGCGAUCGACUGUUGCAGAUGAUCCCGCGGCUGAGUUGAUUGUUGGUCGUGCUGGCGGUGACACUCCUGACACAGAGAUCGCGACCUUUGGUUACCCAGACGAGUUCGGUAAUGAAUGGCCUUGGCCAAAGUACAUCCGGAUCACUAUGUCGAUCGCUGAUCCGAACGAUCUAAAUAUCGAAGAAACAUUCCAGAUGGUCUUCGAAAUCCCGGACGCAUCGGUGAACUGA